AUGACGAGCACCAUCUCAUCACCUAGGGACGACGCCUGGAUAGGGCUCGCCAUUGACGAGCUGCUGGGGGGUCUCCAGUUGGGGCAUCGGCCCCAACCUCCACUCCUCGCGCCACUCCGUGUGGCCGGAGGCCGCGGACAAAUUCCGUCCGCGGAGCAGCUUGACGUUCCGCCGGAUCACCGAUUCGGCCCAAUACGGGUAGACACCACCCCGCCACGACCACGGCCAACCGAGGCCGCCCGCACGCCUGCCGACCAGGGCAAGCGGCAACUCACGGAUCAAGGGCCGCCGCCUUUCGUCCCGCUGCGCACAACACAGCCUCCAUCAACACAGGCCACCCAAGAGCAAGCCCCAGGAGGGAAGCUAUCGCCACGGGAAACACCACGAGCAGCCGGCCCAUCGACGCGCCCGCACACCGGCCGGGUGUCCACGACGCCUACCGGCAUCCAGGGGCUGCCACCACGGGCAGCACCUCGAGCAGUCGGCCCGUCAACGCGCCCGCACACCGGUAGGGUCGCCACGACAUCUACCGGCCACGUAACACCAUCACCGAGGGCGGCGCCGCGAGCUGCCAUCACUCCGGCACGCUCGCGCACCGGCCCGACUCCAACAACGCCUGGGACACGCGCAGUCCAGGCCAUAGCACCGCUGGUCCCGUCCGGGGCUGCACGGGAACCAGAUUCAGACGGCGAGGUGGAAGCGGCGCUACGAGAGUGCCUAGGCGACCUUCCACACGACGUGCUGGAGGAGAUGGCCCACGGGGCAGAAGAUUUGGACAUGGAGGAUCUCUUCGGGGAGUCUCCCGACGAAGACGGAGUGGAGCUUCCAAUGCGCCCCGCCUCCGACCAAUCCGUCGACGAGCCACGGAUCCCGUCACCCCAAUUCCGGCCGGAUUACGAGGAGAUCUCCAGCGACAAGGGAGAGGCGGAGGAGAUCAUCCAGAUCUCCGACUCUGACGACGCCGAGCCCGGCGUUUAG